AUGACGGUGGAAGCAGGUGGCGAGGCUAGCCUUGCCAGAGAGCACAGGGCAGAGGUUACGUUUCUGGUAACAAUAAGUAUUACAGUUACUCUGUUUUUGUUAGGUAAUGAAAAACACAGUAUUCAGGUUGCUUCUCAACAAGAAGAUGGUGAGCCUACACUACAAGACAUGGCUGUGCUUAUUGAACAAGUCACUGGAGUGCCAGUUCCUUUUCAGAAGCUGAUAUACAAAGGAAAGUCUCUGAAAGAAUUGGAACAACCAUUGUCAGCACUUGGUGUUAAAAAUGGUUGCAAAGUCAUGUUGAUUGGGAAAAGGAAUAGUCCAGAAGAAGAGGCUGAAUUAAAGAAGUUAAAAGAUUUGGAGAAGUCAGUGGAGCAAAUAGCUAAUAAGUUAGAGGAAGUUAAUAAAGAGUUCACAAGUAUCCAGAAGGGAUUUUUAGCAAAGGAUCUCCAAGCAGAAGCACUAAAACAGCUGGACAAGAGGGUAAAAGGGACUGCAGAGCAGUUCAUGAAGACCCUGGAACAGAUUGAUGCCAUUAAUCUGCCAGAGAAUUUCAGUGAUUGCAAACUGAAAAAGAAGGGGUUGGUGAAAAGAGUUCAGGUUUUUCUUGCCCAGUGUGAUACCAUUGAAGGAAAUAUUGGUCAAGAAAUGGACAAGCUACAGUCAAAGAAUUUGGCACUGGCAGAAUGAGGCAUUGCCCUAUAAUUAGGAAACUUAAUUGCUCUAUGAGCAAGAAGAAAAGUUUGCUCUUUGUUUUGGAGCACGUAUUCAGCUUUUUUUUUUUUUUAAAGCCCAGUCUGUUAGACUGGUACUAGUCAAUCAUUUCUUGCUGGUUGUCCUGUUUGCCGCUUGGUUAGACCUAUUAUUUUGAAGAGAAAAUCCUUCCUGAAGAAUGGCAGAAAUAAUCUUUGUGAUGAAUUGCUAUGUAUCUUAUGGACAAAUGUUUAGUUAACUAAGUUAUAAAGUUUGCAGUGAUGGGCAAUUUUGUCCAAUAUGUCUUUGAAUUUAUUUACAGCUCAAAUCAAAGAAGGUCUAUAAUUGUACAAGUGCCAUAAGUUGCAAUUGUAGGACUUCAGCUUGAUUGAAAAAGGCAAACUGAGACGACAUCUGGGAAAGUUGAACAUUCUAAUAGACAGUUCAGAGCAAUAAAAAAAAACAAACCCUACGCAUUUGUAUCUACUUAAUGUUUGUAUGCAUUUAUAAAUAUAAGAAAGCUUGACUAUAAGGGAGUGGUACCUAUUUUAGCCUUAAAUUGUCAUAAUAAAUGGAAUGUACUGUAACAUGUAUGGUACUUAAUUUUGGGUGGUGCUUUAAGUUGUUACUGAGCUCCUUGAUACAGAUGUAUGUUUUUUACAUAGAUUUCUGAUGUAGUUUUUAUAGAUUAUUCUUAUUUUUAUUGUUUGUGUACCAUCUUGAGUUAUGGUGGGAAAUGAAAUGCGAUUACUCAUGCUGCUCAUAUACCAAGGGUUCAGUUCAAGCAAGGUAUAACUAAGGAACUAUUUGUAAGGGUUUUUUUAAACUUUUUUUCGAUUUCACCGAACUCAUGAUGCUAUAUUUAAUGGAAAAUUGCAGUGAUUAUUUCUAGUCUGUUAAGGUUAUCCGUGAAUUUUUAUAACAUGUUACAAAGUGAUAGAACUUUAUUUUAGCAAUGCUGUGUGUCUGAGGGUUAUGACUGAUUCUUAGUCAGAUACGUGCCAUGCUUAGCCUUUUCUGGUGAAAAAUAAGCUUCUGCAGGAAAUAGUAACUGUCAGCAGGUACAGCUAACUUUGGUUUUUGGUCAGAGCCUGUAGCUAAUGUACCUGUAGCGGGAGUUACUUUUUCACUGAUACUUUCUCGACUUGCGGUCGGUAGGUCAGUCAUAAAUGCAGUGGCUGGCAAAGUAGUAACUGAUAAGGAGCUUGUUUCAGUGUGUGUGUGUGUGUGUGUGUGUGUGUGUGUGUGUGAAGCUCUUUCAUCUCAAAUGAGUCAGACUGAGGAUGUUUAGAAAUGGCCCUUAGGUAGUGAGCCUUUAUCCUUACAUGUCUGUUUUAAGAUUAGCUGUUCUUUCAAGAUGAAAAUAGGAAAUGUGUGUAAAAAGGUGUUAACUUCUAAUAAGUUAUAAACCUUAAAUAAUACCUAAAGUAUUAUUAUUAUUAAAGUAUUAUCUUUGAUGUUUGUAAUUGGAGGAGCAUUUCUUCAGUUAAAAAUACUAUUGGACAAAUGAAGUGAUAACCUUGCGUUAGAAAGGGUCACUUUUCUUCUAAAAAUGCCUUUUGACCAUACCAUACCAAGAUUGGACUUGCCAUGUUUUUUACUGUUAAACAGUUUCUUCAAGGUUGUAUUUUUUCCAUAUGUAACUCUUCUCAGCAUCUGUGGAGGAUUUUAAGGUCUAAACUCCUAGGAAGCUUGCCUAUCAUGUUAGGAAAUGGUAUGUUUGGUAGGACUGUGGAUAUUUUUUUCCUAGGCUACUGGUCUGGUCAUGCUGCAUUUUCUCAGCACUUUAAGGUUAGGAGUAAGAGUUGGUUGUAGCCAUUUUUCCUAGCUUGGUGCUGCUUCUGGACCAGAUCAGCUGACUCUUAAGUCACCAGCAACACUGUUGCCUAAUUCAGGGAAUGCAGAAUUAUCCACUUUCCUUUAAUGGAAAGGAUCCUCACCCUCUCAAUUGUAAGUCCUCUAAUGCGUUGAACUUUCACAGGUGCAUGUAUAAUAAAAAAGUGCAAAGUAUCCUCUUGUGCCCUUGAAAAGAACUGGGAGCUGCGAUCAUGGCUGACUGUGACUGUUUCUGCUGCUCCAUUGUAUUUUUCUCUCUUGGGUGAAAACACUAAGGCUAUAGGCAGACAUUGUCUUCCCAGCACUCCUUCCCAGAAACUGCUGCUGCUUGAGAUGUGCUUGUUUGAGUACAUCCUCAGCCUGGCUCAAAGCCAGGCGUAUUAACUUUAAGAUGUUCCAUAGUAGAUCUUUUGAUAAUCUGGUAUUUUGAGGCAAAAAGAGUGAUAAUGAACCUCUCCUACCAGCACAUCUGGAUUCAGCAAAGGGUGGGUGUCCUGAGCUGAAGUUACCUUACAGUGGUAACUCCUGGUGUCAGAGUGUUUGGUUUCUAGGACAGAAGUAUAUGUAUGAAGACAAACUUCUGCAGUAUAAAAGUUUUUGUCUUCUAAAUAUAAAAAUGAGUUGAUUAAUUUUGGAAAAUGGAUGGUUGUAUUUAGAAUUAUCUAAGACCUAGAGUGGAUUGACUUUUAUACUUAGUUUUGAAAGAGGAGUCCUACACGUCAUUUUGUCAUAAUAGCCUUAAAUUUCAGUGAAAGCAACCUUCUGUGCUUUUGAAAAGUGCAGCAGACAGCAAUUGUGAGAGGAAGGGGAAGGAAGAGGAGCUUUUAAAUAUUCUUCAGAAUUUGUAAAGGUAAACAUAGAUCUCAAUCAAGCUUAAGCUAUAUUCUCACUGAUUCUGUAAUCUCAGUGUACUGUGAUACCUAUUUUGCUACCGAAUCACUUCCUUACCCCAACCACCUUCCCUGAUCAUGUCAAAAGAGAAGUUACUCCUUUUUGCCUUAGUUGCACUUACCCUGUUGUCUUCCAGUUGCUGUGUUGCUCUGGCUGUGUUUACACACCUCGGAUGUGCCAUCCGGGCAAAAUGUCUUACCACAAAGUUUGUCUUCUAUGAAAAUGGAAAUCAAAUUACAUGCUUCCAUGCCCCGUUCUCUGCCCCAGCUCCUGUAGGCUGGCGUGAGACGAACCAAACCUGACGUUCAGGGAGCCGCAGAGUCUGGAGCUGUGGGACGGCUUGCUCUCUGGGAACAGCCUAAAAUAUGCUGCUUGUAGUGGCAUCCUCUGUGACUAAGUCCGCCUGAAGGUAAUACCGCUGUAAACCUGGUGUAAUGCUUUUUUGACUUUUAACAUGGUUUGGAGAGGAGUACUUGACGCCAUGGAACUUGGGGCUAGAUUAUUUUUUUUUUUAGCUAACUUAUUUUACUGUACUAUCAUAAAAGAUAAAAAUAAAAUAUGGAAAGUU